CCCUUGGCUAUGUCAGUCGCAGUCCGGGCCCCGUUGGCGCGAUACGCGCCUCAUAAAACGAAUUCAGCUGCCUUUGAAAAAUCAGUGACUACAACAGCUUAACGGAAAUUAGUGCGAGAAAUUUUUCUUUUUCGCCACUGUAGCCAACAGUGUGCGGUGAAAAUUUAAUUUAAAAAAAAAAAAGGAAAAAGAAAAUAAGAAAAAAUGGCAGUUUUUGGAAUGGUGUCAGCUGUUGCUGGCUUCGUCAAAGUACGAUACUUAGUAGACAAAGCAGUAAUUGACAAUAUGAUAUUUAGAUUUCAUUACCGAGUUACUUCGGCGAUAUUUUUCACAUGUUGCAUCAUUGUCACUGCCAAUAAUUUAAUAGGCGAUCCUAUAAAUUGUAUCACCGAAGGAUCUAUACCAACUCAUGUAAUAAAUACAUUUUGCUGGAUUACGCACACAUUUAGUAUGCCACAAAAUUUGAAUAAACCAAUAGAUGAAGUAGGACAUCCUGGAUUAGGAAAUGAUGAUGGACCAAGACGUUAUCACUCUUAUUAUCAAUGGGUUCCAUUUAUGUUAUUUUUCCAAGGUGUUCUCUUCUAUGUUCCACAUUGGAUGUGGAAACAAUGGGAAGAGGGUAAAGUAAGAAUGAUUUCCGAUGGAAUGAGAGGUAGCAUGAUUGACACUAAAGAAGAACGUCAAGCAAGAUCACAACGUCUCGUUCAAUAUGUCAUUGACACAUUACAUUUACACAAUAGCUAUGCGGCUGGAUAUUUUUUCUGCGAGGUUCUAAAUUUCCUCAAUGUCAUCUGCAACAUGUUCGUGAUGGACAGUUUUCUUGGCAAUUCGUUUUUCACAUAUGGAACUGAAGUCUGGGACUUUAGUAAUAUGAAUCAGGAGAGUCGUCACGAUCCAAUGAUCGAAAUAUUCCCACGAGUUGCCAAGUGUACAUUCCACAAAUUUGGAGCAUCAGGAACAUUGCAAAAAAUUGAUACUUUAUGUAUUUUGGCAUUGAAUAUUCUCAAUGAAAAGAUUUACAUUUUCCUGUGGUUCUGGCUUAUUAUUUUAGCUGUUCUAUCAGGCUUUGCUCUUGUUUACAGUACAUCAAUCAUUCUUAUGCCAAGUACUCGAGGAUUUAUUCUCAAGAGGCGAUUUAAAUUUCACACAUCAUCUGGUGUUAAAUCCCUCGUGCGAAAAACUCAGGUGGGAGAUUUUUUGCUUUUGCAUCUCCUAGGUCAAAAUAUGAACAUGAUGAUGUUCAAUGAAGUAUUGGAUGAGUUGUGCAAUAAUUUGCAUAUGGGAUCAAGUAGUGGUGCAUCGCCAACUUCAGUGCCAUCAGCGCCAAGUACUCUAGAGAUGAAUCCAAUUUAUCCAGAAAUCGAGAAAUACGCAAAGGAUACCGAGAUCUAAUUUUUUUUCCCCCUCAUCUUUGUGAUACUACAGAAGCUGCCUCGUGAUUGUCGUGAGGUCAAAUGGAAAGUUUCCCGCCUGAUUAAAAUACGAACGGAAAGCUAGUCCUUCGCCUGAUUUCAAUAAUAUGGAAAUGAAUUGAUUUGCCAGUCAAACGAAUGAAAAGGAAACAAAAAACUAAUGAGAUUACGAUUAUGAGAAAAGCAAUCAAAUGUAAAUAAAUUGAAUCACCCAAAUAAUCAGGAUUACAAGGAUUUCUUUAAAGAAAAAAAAAAUAAAAGCAUCAAACACAUGAUUUUCUAUAAAUGAAAAAAUAGAUACUGGUCCAUUUGUAGAAAUCAUUGAAACUGGUGUAUUGUUUUUUUUUUUUUUUUUUUUUUCGUAAUAACGCUCAGCAAUAUAAUAACAAAGAAGCCAAUGGAGGUUUAAGUUAGAAAAAUUUCGAUGGAUUCGGCUACAUUUAAAAAUGCGUACAAAGUAGCAAUUUAGAUGAAUGUCGGCUCGCUUUGGAGCAAUGGGCUGUGACUUGAUAAUUGUGUAUGCAACGAGAAAUCCAAUUUUCUUUUUUCUAGGCUUCAUUUAAAUCAACAACAAGAAAAAACGAAAACCUAGACAAUAAAUCUUCGACAAUUAUUUACCUCACAGAAUAUAAUAUACCUUCUAUCGCUCGCGUGACAAUAUUAGACAAUUUCGAAUCUUGCUAUUAAUUAUUAACUCUGGAAAAUAUUUAAACUGCAAAUUUAAUUAAAUUUGCAAAUUUUGGAUAUUUAAUUAUUUUUUUUUUUUUUGUUACCAGCGCCCUGGUGAAAAGAGACAAAAGGAAUAUUUUUUUUAAACUAUAAAUUUAGUUUUAGCCUGAAUGGAUUACGAACUAUAACAUUUGUUUAUAUGAUCUAUUUCUCAUAGUUUAAAGAUAUUUAGUUUCAAUUGCCGAAUAGCUUGUGUUUAGUCAUUGAAAGAAAAAAAAAUGACACAAUAAUGCAACGAUCUUUCUUUUGUAGUUGAUAGUUCUCUUUUUUUUUUUAAAUAAACGAUCCCGUCCGCAGUGAUAUGUUAAGUUAGUCUUUCGAGAAAGAGAACGACACGGAUCAAAUUAAGAAAAUAAUAAUUUUUAUGAUGUGCCUUUUAUAAAAAAAAAUAUAUAUAAAUAUAUAUAUAUAAAAUAAGUUUUUAGUUAAAUAAGUUUAGAAAUGAAAAUAUAUACUCGCUUGUAAUUAUUUUAAAGCGAGAAGAAAUAUAUUCUUGCUUGUAUAAUUAUUUUAUGUCAAGUGAGAAGACUGCCAUUUUGUGCAACGUCAUAAAUAAUUGUGAACGUAGAUCAAAAAAUAAAAAAAAAACUUUCUUGUAAA